AAUUAAUCUCUACGCUUCUCUCUCUACAAUUACUCCUUGAGAGCAUCUCUCUCUAGAAGACCGAGUAUUGCUGACUUGAGCGUCGGAGUGUUUUCCCCGAGGAAACAACCUAGGGAUUUUCAGGUGUAGAAGCAGCUAAGGAUUUCAACAGUGUUGGAUUGCGAAGCUGCCCAAACAUUUGGCGCCGUCUGUGGGAACACGAACAAGGAGUCGUGUGGCUUAACUUGCUGGAAGUAUGGUUCGUACCUUUACAAGAGGCCACCCCCCAAGAAAUGAAAUGGACGAACAGGAGGACACUCAUGUAUCUGAACCUGGCUUGAAUGACUUUAGGCCAAUGCCAAGAAAUCUUUUUAUAGGAGGAGCCGAACAGGAUCACCUAAGUGAGACAGAUGAUGAAAGAACACCAACUGGGUCAACAGAACCUGCUCGGACAACCGAGCUCGAAGAGAGAACCAGAGUUCUCGAAAUGGCAAUGGGUAAAAUACUUGCCUGUUUAAUUCCUGAUGACCCCUUGAUUCCUUUGCUGAACAGAGAUGCACAACCGGUUGCAGUUGUUGCAACUCGAAACUCCCCCGCUCUCAGCAACAUAGUAGUGCCGAUCAGGCCAAGAGGAAGCAGGAAGCUGAAUAUCGAGCCCAGCUCGUCCAAACAUAGUGAAGAACUGAUGAGAAAGAACGCAAACCUUGAAAGACAGCUGCGGGACGUGCAAAAGUCUAUUGACGAGCUGAAAAGUCCUAGGUCGCAUCAACAGACUCUGGAUUUGGAUAGUGCACCACUAAACUUAUCCAUUACGACAGAGCCGUAUCAAGAGGGAUUCAAAAUUCCCCACCUGGAGACAUAUGAUGGCUCGGGUGACCCUGAUGAACAUCUGCACACAUAUCAAGCCAUCAUGAGAAUCCAAAACGCCAACGACGCCAUGAUGUGCAAAGUGUUCCCAGCAACACUCAAGUCAACAGCCAGGAGAUGGUAUCACAAACUCCCCAGACAUUCAAUAGAUUCAUUCUCCCAGCUUGCCAAGUUAUUUUCUAACAAAUUUGCGAGCCAAAGGGAGAUCAAGCGCACAGCAACCGAGUUGAUGCAACAUGGCCGGUUCCUAGACGACCUGCUUGAAAACCCGCUGAAGACGUGGAACGAGGUGAAUGACAGGUCGGCCAGCUUCAUACUGUCAGAGGACUUUCAGUCGUCCAAGCGACGAGCUGAUGAUAAGCGAAGCAAAGGCCAGGAACAACAACUGAGAAGAGAAGAGAAGAAGAAGCAGAAGCACUGGGUUAGGAGACCUCCACCCCCAUUGCAUGAUUCCCCGAGGGCAGACAAGAGCAAGCAUUGUAACUACCACCGUGUAUAUGGUCACAAUACAGAAUUGCCAACACUUGAAGGACGAGUUGGAAGGUACCAGCACGGUGGGACGCAGGAUGUAUAUCAGGAUAACCAGUAUCCUUCUGAGCAGGGCAGAGCAUACCGAGGACGUCCGUUUAACAGGAGAGGACAGGGACUGAGAACUACCGCCCCGAAUCAAAAAGAUAAGAAAGAGGUAGGUUAUGCUGGGAUACCCCCACCCUCUGGUACCAUAAACAUGAUAUCAGGUGGUGUUCACUCUGGGGGCCAAAGCGCCCGAGGUCGCAAGGCCCUGGCAAACUAUAAGCGAGCAGAAAGAGAGCCCGAUGUUAUGAUGCCGCAUGCAGAUCCUUUUGUGGCAACGGUUCAUAUAAGCAACCAUAAUGUCAACAAAGUCUUUGUUGAUACGGGUAGCUCGCCGGAUAUCCUGUAUUGGAGUUGCUUUCAGAAAAUGCAGUUGAAUCCAAACUCACUGCAGAAACAUGAGGGGCCUAUAUAUGGGUUCGACAAUCAGCUCGUCCCAGUUGAAGGAAUCAUUACCCUACCCAUCUAUGUGGGCUCGGAGCCACAGUUUAGGAUGGCUUCCGUUACCUUCCUGGUUGUCAAGAUGGAGUCAGCUUUCAACGCUAUACUGGGAAGAGCUACCCUUUGCGAGCUGAAGGCUGUUAUCUCACAACCUCAUCUCUGCAUGAAAUUCCCAACUCCUCAGGGGGUAGGAGUGCUUAAAGGGAACCAGAAGAUGGCAAGAGCAUGCUACCAAGAUACCCUCAAGAAGAUCGGCACCAAACUCACAGAGGAGGAACGGGCAGAGCUUCUGAAGUUUUUGAGGGACAACCAAGACGUGUUUGCGUGGACUACGAAUGAAAUGCCGGGCAUCCCCGCAGAGUUGACAAUCCACAAGCUAAGCACGGACCCCACCAAAAGGCCGGUGGUGCAAAAACGUCACCUUUUUGGCCCCGAGAAACAAGCUGCCAUUGAAGAAGAGAUACAAAAGCUGCUACAGGCAGGUUUCAUCAAAAGGGUGGAGUACUCUGAGUGGGUAUCUAACCCCGUGCUCGUCAAGAAGCCGAAUGGCAAGUGGAGGAUGUGUAUUGAUUUCACUAACUUAAAUGAGGCGUGUCCAAAAGACCCUUAUCCCUUGCCAAAUGUUAAGAAGCUAGUAGAGCGGGCAGCCGGACAUGAGCGGAUGAGUUUCCUGGAUGCAAGCUCAGGUUAUCACCAGGUUCAGUUGCUGUUGGACGAUCAGGAGAAAACGACUUUCUACGCUGGUGACGCGAUUUACUGCUAUGUGAUGAUGCCGUUUGGCCUGAAGAAUGCUGGUGCAACAUACCAGAAACUUGUACAAAUCAUCUUUAAGCUCCAGAUCGGUAAAAACAUAGAGGUAUAUGUGGAUGACAUGAUAGUCACCAGUGUGCAAGCUGAAGACCCUAUAGGCGACCUGAGUGAGACCUUUCAAAACUUGUGCCGAGCACAAAUGAAGCUGAAUCCCUUGAAAUGCACAUUUGCUGCAGAGUCAAGAAAAUUCCUGGGAUACGUGGUAUCCAAGAAAGGAAUUGAAGUAAAUCCAGAAAAGGUUGAGGCCGUUCAGCAAAUGGAGCCACCAAGGACUGUCAAAGACGUGCAGCGUUUAACUGGCCGUGUUGCUGUGUUGCACAGGUUUAUAGCCAGGUCGGCAGAAAGAUGUCUUCCAUUCUUCAAGGCCCUGCGAGAGCCCAAGAACUUUCAAUGGACCGAUAUGUGUCAACGGGCCUUUGACGAGCUCAAACGAUACCUGGCAUCAGCACCCUUGUUGUCCAAGCCUGUGGAAGGGGAGAGUUUGUAUCUGUAUUUAGGGGUUACAGCAGAGGCGAUUAACUCGGUCUUACUCAGGGAAGAGAAUAAGAACCAGAAGCCUAUCUGUUAUGUGAGCAAGGUCUUACAAGGCGCCGAGCAGAACUACCCACUAGCGGAAAAGGCUGCUUUUGCCUUGGUUUACACAGCUCGUAAGUUGAGAGCUUACUUCCAAUCACAUCAGAUUGUUGUCUAUACCGAUUUGCCGUUGAGAAAAAUACUGCAGAAACUUGAAUUCUCUGGUCGGCUUAUUGGGUGGAGCAUCGAGCUAAGUGAAUAUGACCUCACAUUUCAGUCGCGCACAACCAUAAAAGGCCAGGCCGUUGCAGACUUUCUGGUGGAGUGUAUCUCGGCGACUAAAGAGGAAAAAGCACCCGAACAACCAGUCUGGGUUUUGUAUGUUGAUGGAGCUGCUAACGUUGAAGGAGCGGGUGCAAGGGCUGUGCUGGUGGGCCCAAAUGGUUUUAAGUUUGAGCAUGCAUUGAGGUUUAAGUUUCAGACAACUAACAACGCUGCAGAAUAUGAAGCCCUCAUUUACGGAUUGAAGUUGGCGUCCGAGCUGAAGGUACAAAGCAUUCAGGUUUUUAGCGACUAUCAGCUCGUUGUAGGCCAGGUGAAAGGCAGUUGUGAAACGAGGGAUCCGCAGCUUGCUCGUUAUGCUUCUGUGGUAAACAGAUUAAAGUCAAGAUUUACUUCCUUUCAGAUCGACAAAAUACCCAGGGCAGACAAUCAGCGAGCUGACGAGCUGUCCAAGUUAGCCUCCUCGCAAGAGACCAACCCUCAUAGGUCAACAACAGUCGAGGUACUUGAUGCUCCGAGCUAUACUAAUUUCACACUCGAGUGUCAACUACUCAGCAUAGAUCCCUGUUCACCGAGCUGGACCGCCCCGCUCAUAAAUUAUCUGCAAAGUGGCGAGUUACCUGAAGAUCAGUCCGCUGCAAAAUUGAUUAAACGCAGGGCGGCACAUUUCAAUUUGUUAGACAACCGACUCUACAAACGGGCAGCCUCUAUGCCCCUAUUACGCUGCCUUACUCCUUACGAAGCUGAAUACGCUGUGAGGGAAGUUCACGAAGAAGUCAUAAACUGUAUGUGUAGCUCAGCUCAGUUAUCUGUAUGCAGGUUCGGCAUACCUAAGCGGAUUAUCGCUGACAAUGGGCCACAGUUCCGAGCAGUAGCGCUGAGAUCGUUUUGUAACGACUAUGGCAUUGAGCUCGCCUUGACAUCGAUAUAUACUCCCCAGUCUAACGGACAAGCCGAGUCCGCCAAUAAAAUCGUCUUGCGAGGCCUCAAGACACGUGUUUUAGCUGCACAUUCGAAUUGGGUCGAUGAGCUAAAUAAAGUCCUCUGGUCUUGUCGUACUACACCCAGCUCGGCCAUGGGCAAAACUCCUUUCAGCUUGGCCUAUGGAGCUGAGGCCGUCAUCCCAGUAGAGGUUGGAUUGCCAUCUGAUCGAGCAGGCUGGCAUGACGAUCUCAACAACGAGCAACUGUUGAGAGAAAACCUAGACUUCGUGGAAGAGGUCAGGGAGAUGUCUAGAAUAAGAAACAUGGCGCAUCAAAGUCGUGUUGCAAAAUUUUAUAAUACGCGAGUUCGAGGUCGUCAAUUUCAGGUUGGCGAUCUGGUUCUACGCAAGGCUGGAUUAACCAACACUUAUUCAUGCAUGGGCAAGCUCGCACCUAAUUGGGAGGGCCCAUAUAUGGUUGUUCGAGUUAAGCGGCCUGGCUCUUACGUGUUAGCGGAUAUACACGGGCGUCAGUUACCUUACCUUUGGAACGUACAGAAUCUUAGAAAGUUUUACAGUUAACGUGUGUAUUAUUAUUUUGCUUCAGGUGUUGUCCAAUAGUUGUAAACAAAGAUAUAUAGAAAAU